ACGCGGUAGCCGCCCAAGCCCGUCUAAAGAAAACAUCGCAAGGGCAAAGCUCGGGCGGCAAGCCUUUGUGUGUUUGUGGACUUUAAUAGUUAGAUCUUUUAAAUAACUACACUCACCGAGCUCGCGCACUCGAUGUUUACCGGAUUGUGUCUUCGACAAACAGCGGAACGGUUUCGAAAUGCAAUCACACGCGCAUUGUUAUCGCUCUGGAAAUAAUGGAUAAGUGGUGACCCUUUCAGAAUGAGCAGCAUUUGUAGGCGAAGGAGGCAAGACAAGAAAGUUGCGAAAGGACAAGCGCAAAAGACAGCGGGCCGUUCGAAAAAAGAUGGGAACUCGAAGGAUAGCAAAAGGAAGUUCCGAAACGUCUGGAAGGAGACGUAUACGUGGUUGCAGUACGAGGAAAUCAAGAACACCAUGCAUUGCGUGCUGUGCAGGGAAGCCUACUUCGGUCAGGAAAAGUGCGUGCCGUUCGUCGAAGGCACGAACAACUUCAAGGUUUCGGUCAUCCAGAAGCACGAGAAAACGUCGGCCCACAGAAACCUGCUGAACAAAAGCGAAGCCGAGAGGAAAAAAUUGGCCCACUCGUUCCGAACAAAAAAGAAGCCGCCCGAAGACUCUCGAUCGCGGUUCGAGCUCCUGUUCAAGACCGUGUACGAUAUACAGAAGAACAAGCUCUCGUUCUCGCAGUUCCCCGUUCUGGUGAGCCGGCAGAUCCAGAACGGGGUGCCGCUCGAAGGUCGGUACACGAACCACCACCACGUCGUGCCGGACUUCUCCAAGUACAUCGCCAUGUCGAUGAUCAACGACACGGUGGCCGACAUUUACCAGGCGAAACACUUCGGCAUCGUGCUGGACGACGUUUCGGACGUUGUGGGAUCGCGCAAGGACGCCGUGUACAUCACUUACCUCAAGGACUGCACCAAACGCACCAAGUUCUUGGGGCUCGUCGACAACGAGAACGGCGUGGGCAUCGCGCUCGCGAUGGUGCAGAUGCUGGCGAAGUUCGGAUUGCCCGCGCCUUUCGAGAAGCUCUUGUGCCUAACAACAGACGGGCAGACCGUGCACCAAGCGGACGGCGGCCUGCAAAUGGCGUUGGGAAAAGAAGCGCCCGUUCUCUACACUAUGGACUGCCUGGUGCACAAGCUCGAGAGCGCACUGAAGCCGGUCCUCUUCAGGCACUCGCAAGUCAGAUGCUGCGCGGACAAGCUGUACAAGUUGUUCUGCUUUUUCAGAGACCUACAAAAGAAGACGGGCAGCACGGUGGACAUAUGGACACCGUCGAGCCCCGCCGAUCAACACGCUCGUUCCUCCAACCCUCAGUUGCUAGUCCUCAACCUCAAGUUCCUAACUGCCAUCAUUGAAAAAUGGAGCAGUGUAACGUCGUUCCUGAAGGAUAACUACCACAACUUCGACCGUAAGCUUCGGCCUGACGCGUCGGAGAUCCUCACCUGCCUCAAGAGCUCGGUGUUCAUUGCCCACGUCCACCUGCUACGAGAGAUCUUCAAGACGUUGCACGUUUUUCGAGAAAAGACGACUGGCUCAUUAUCUCCCGCCUGUUACACCGUGGUCGACGAGCUGAGGGCUACUGCAACACUCAUCACCAACCAGAUCUCCUUGGGCCCCUCUCUGGUGCCAGUCCUGCACGAGCUACAGGAAAGAAGCGGAUUUUUCCAAGGCAUGGCCGUCACGCAAGAUUUCGACAUCGAGUCGUUUCACAUCGUAGCCGAAGACGUGUGCCGGUGCGUGUCGCAGCAGGUGCUCCAGAUGGCGAGUCAGUGCUCAGAGUCCCUGCACAAGUUUUCGGUGCUGGAUCCGAAAAACUGGCCGGAAGAUUCCGACAAGCAUUUUGGAGUGUAUGGAAUUGAAACCAUCAGGGAACUGAGCAGCGAGAUGCAUUCGUUGCUGCCCGAGAAACCCAUAUCUGACAUCAUACUGGAGUGGUGUUCCUACAAGUUUUUUGUAAGUAGGAGUCUAGCGAUGUGUCUGAGAAAAGACUUCAUCAACCUUGCCGCCACCGUGGUUUCCAGGUUCAGUGCGGUCUAUCCCACCAUCUGCACAUUCCUCACGGCGGCGGCUCUGCUCUCGCCGUCAUGCAAAGUGACGUGCAAGGGCUUCGAAGAACUCUGCGUCAUUAAGGAAUCUCGGAAGAAUGUUCUCACCGAUGACACGCUGUGGCAGACAAUGGUCAUCAAUGUGAACGGGGCACCGCUUGAACUGUGGGAUCCAGAGCCCGUGGUUGACCUGUGGUUGAAAACGAGUCUUCGUAGGCCAAACAAUAGAACUUCUACUAAGCAUGCUUUAGACACUUGUAACAAGCAGGAGACCCAGGUUGACAACUCGGCACUCUUCCAGGGCUGUCAGGUUGUCGUCAUAACGGGUGAAUUAUGCGAUCUUCCUAUGGUCUGCAGCACUGAUGGGUCGAGUUAGUGGAACAGUCAACUCUUACAUGUAGUCAUCUGUAGCUUGUCUUAUGCAUGGCCUUUUUAAAAAGUACAGAACAAUUGUAGGUUUGGCGAAUUUAUGUGCUUUCAUAGCGUGUCAUCUGCUUCAACGAAGAACCAAUAUUCUCA